UCCUAGGGAGGAGGUUAUGACGAGCUGCCCAGAACCUGGGGAAGGGGAAUUUGUACUGGAGAUGACUGUGGAGCCCUGUCUGCAGCGGUGGCGGCGGCGGCGGCAGGAGCAAGAGCAGCGGUUUCGGACCUCUCAGCCGUGGCAACUCCGGCUCUAUCUGGUGCUAGAGCGGCACAGCAAACAAUAAAUAGCCGGGUAGGGAGCCGGACCGGGCCGGCCCUCAGUAACCUGAUCCUGUAAGCAGUGUGAAAUAAUUUGAGUGGUAUUCAGUUAACAGAACAACAUUUCAUGUAAGCUUCAUCAGAGACAACUGAAGAUGAAAAACUACCCGCCCCAUGUAUAACUAAUUUCGGCUGUGCAACAAGAACCUACUUCAAAUUUCCAUGCCAAUUUACAACUCCCAUACUGUAUCAGACUGCACUGUGCUGCUUCCUGAUUGAUGUUAGUAUAACACCACGUGGAAGCUUAAGGCAUUGCCACCUGAACAAACCUGGGUUUUCCCAUCACCAUGGAGACUCAAAAGAAUGAAGCUGCUGAGACCAAGAAAGAGGCAACUUCUGGGGAUAACCAGGACCAAGAGGCAGAGAAAGGAGCCAAGAACAAGACAGAUGAGGUAAUAGAAGUGCCAGUGUCAGAGCGACACUCGUCUGGCCCUGGUAGACUGAAGAAAACUGCCAUGAAACUCUUUGGUGGCAAGAAGGGAAUCUGUACUCUGCCUAGUUUCUUUGGAGGGGGACGAAAUAAAGGUUCUGGAAAGAGCACCUCCAAGAAAGGUCUAAGAAAAAGUAAAACACAUGAUGGCCUGAGCAAAUUAGACUGUGGCCCUAAAGAUGUUGUCAAUGAAGAAACUGGCUUCUCUCUACCAUUACCUGAAUCACCCUGCCAAUCUCCCAGCUCCGAAAGUACUCAUGGGGCUUUGGAGAUAUGCUGCAGGCAUAAAACAUCUGUGGCUGAUGCCACCAGUAAAACUGGAGCUGACAAGGUACCCCCUGCACCAAAGCCAAAGAAAGGCCUAAAAGAUUUUUUUAACAGUAUCCGGCGUCAUCGAAAGAGCAGGGUUGCUAGAGCUGAGCAAAGUGAGCCAUGGGCCAAGGUACCUGAGAGGGUCAGAGCUAGAUCUCAUGAGCAUGUGAGCUCAGUCCCUCUGCCCUGCUCUAAGGAGACCUUCCAAACACCUACAAAGGAAAAUACCAAGCUCCAAGAUACUCCAGGGCCAAAAAUUUCUCCAACACCAGAGCCUUCCCCACCAGCUACUGAGAAAAUAUCAUGUAAAAAUCUAGAAAAAUCCAUAGGAAUAUCUGCUUCAUCGCCUGUACAGCCCAAGAUUGCCCCAGAAGCCAGUGUGGUAGAGGAGUCCCACAUGCAAAUAGCAGAAAAGGUAGUAUUGGGAGAGCUAAAUCCACCCAGUGGGCCUGUGGGAGAUCAGCUGAGCCUCCUGUUUGGGGAUGUCACAUCCCUGAAAAGCUUUGACUCAUUGACAGGUUGUGGUGAUAUUAUAGCAGAACAGGACAUGGACAGUAUGACAGAUAGCAUGGCUUCUGGGGGUCAGAGGGCCAACAGAGAUGGGACCAAGCGAAGUUCUUGCUUGGUGACCUACCAAGGAGGUGGGGAAGAAAUGGCUUUGCCAGAUGAUGAUGAGGAAGAAGAAGAUGAGGAGGUAGAAUUAGAGGAAGAAGAGGAAGUCAAAGAAGAAGAAGAUGACUUAGAAUAUCUGUGGGCAAGUGCCCAGAUGUAUCCAAGGCCCAAUCUUAACCUAGACUACCAUUCCACCAUCUCCCCAAGCCACCAUGGCUAUAUGUUCCUUGACUCAGUUCAGUCCUACCCUGGUGUAGUCCCUGGGGAACUUUUGACUCCUCAGAGUGACCAGCAAGAGUCUGCCCCCAACAGUGAUGAAGGUUACUAUGACUCCACUACACCUGGAUUUGAAGAUGAUUCAGGUGAGGCCCUGGGGCUUGUCCACAGGGAUUGUUUACCCAGAGACAGCUAUAGUGGAGAUGCCCUAUAUGAGUUUUAUGAGCCAGAUGACAGUCUUGAGAACUCUCCACCUGAGGAUGACUGCCUUUAUGACCUCCAUGGCCAUAGCUCUGAGAUAUUUGACCCCUUCUUGAACUUUGAGCCCUUUUCUUCUCGGCCACCUGGGGCAAUGGAGACAGAGGAAGAACGGCUAGUGACUAUCCAGAAACAGUUAUUAUAUUGGGAACUUCGUCGGGAGCAACUUGAGGCCUGGGAGACAUGUGCUCGAGAGUCUCAUGCCAGGAAGCCCCACAACAGAAAGGCCUGUACCCGAGAGGCUCAGACUUGGGAAGCUCAUGCUAGAGAGGGCCAAACUCAAGAAGCCCAGGGCCCAGAUGGUCCUGCUGUAGAGGUCAAAGUCCAAGAAGCCCAAGCCUGGCAAGAGAAACCUAUUUUGGAGUAUCAGAUGAGGCCCUUAGGCCCAUCAGUGAUGGGCCUGAUGGCAGGGGCAUCAGAAGCCUCUCAGCCUUCCCACCAAGGAACAACUUCAGCUUUUCCUGCCACUGCAAGUAGUGAACCAGACUGGAGGGACUUCCGUCCUCUUGAGAAGCGUUUUGAGGGAACCUGCUCCAAGAAAGAUCAAAGUACCUGUCUUAUGCAGCUUUUCCAGAGUAAUGCCAUGUUUGACCCAGACAUGCAAGAAGCAAAUUUUGGAGGGUCUCCUCGGAGGGCUUACCCUACUUUUUCACCCCCUGAAGAACCAGAAGAGGAAGUUGAGAAAGAAGGAAAUGUCACUGUGAGUUUUUCACAGGCCCUAGUGGAGUUUACUAGCAAUGGAAACCUUUUUUCUAGCAUGUCUUGCAGUUCUGACUCUGACUCCUCCUUCACUCAAAACCUGCCUGAGCUGCCUCCCAUGGUAACCUUUGACAUAGCUGAUGUGGAGCGGGAUGGGGAAGGGAAGUGUGAAGAGAAUCCUGAGUUUCACAAUAAUGAAGACCUUGCAGCCUCUUUAGAAGCUUUUGAGCUGGGUUGUUACCACAAACAUGCCUUCAACAACUACCACAGCCGAUUCUACCAAGGACUGUCUUGGGGUGUAAGCAGCCUCCCUCGAUAUUUGGGUCUACCUGGCAUGCACCAUCGACCUCCACCUGCUGCCUCAGCUCUCAACAGGAGAAGUCGCUCUCUUGACACAGCAGAGACCCUGGAGCUAGAACUCUCCAAUUCUCACCUUGCACAGAGCUAUCUGGACUCUGAGCUUCUGGCCCAGCAAGAAGAUUCAGUUGAAGAAGAUGAAGGAGAGGAAGAAUGGGGGCGAGUCAGUCCCCUAUCCCUCUAUACUGAACCUCCAGGGGCUUACAACUGGUCUUCCUGGGCUCCCUGUCCUCUUCCAGUGAGGCCAUGCCCUGCCUGGAUAAACCCCAGCCAGUUGGAUGGGCUUUCCAGUCAGUCUCCAUAUGGGCAGGGAGCCUGUUGUGCACCUCCUAUGGCCAUGUCAGUGUCAGUGCCCAAGCCAGAGCCAAUAGCACCUGGGGAAUCUAGAUCUCAAGUAGCCCGGCCUUCACAAUUACCACUGCCCAUGGGCCCUUGUUAUAGUCUCCAGCCACAGGCCUCCAAGAGUGUGAGAACGAGGCCUCAAGAUGUGCUAGUGCCUGAUGAUGAGCCCAGUUGCUCCUCCAGUACUAGAGGAUUCAACCCCAGCCCUUUGCACCAGGCUAAACCUGUGGGUAUCACUCAUGGAAUCCCUCAGCUGCCUAGGGUCUGGUCUGAGUCCUCCCAGUCUCAGUCCAGUCACUACAGGGCUUCUAGCCUUGACCUAUCAAAGGAGAAGACUGAGCAAGGUGCCUCUCUUCCCAUAAGCUACUCCUCCACUGCUAUGAAUGGAAACUUAGCCAAGUAGUCGUCAUUAGUUCUGGAGUAGGGGCAUGUGGCCUGAGCAUGUGAAUGGGAUCAGGGGUUGGGCAGAGGGGUGGGGGUGGGAAUUGCUGUUUAACUUGAAAAUCCUUUUUGUCAAAGAAAACUCUGGGUUUUCACCUUUAUUUUCACCUUUCCCACUUCUGCCAUCUAUGGCCAUGUUCCACUCAAGAACAUCUGCCCAGAAAGCCUACUGCUGCUAUGCUCCAGUUUUUCUUUUCAGGGCUUUUUCUUGUGACCAAUGCAGGGUUUAGGAUGCAAUAAUUUGUGCCUAUUCAAGUUGUCAAGCUAAUGAAUAUAUAUAUAUAUAUAUAUAUAUAUAUAUAUAUCAUGCGUCCUAGAUGAAGACUAAACCCUCACCAUCUUCUGUUCCUUCUCCCUAGUGAAUGAUGAACCACUGAUGAGCAGCAAAGUCUGUAUGUUCUACUUUUCACUUCGAGAUGGGUGGGCCAGUGUUUGCCAUUAGCAAUGUGAAGUUAUGGUACUGAACCUCCCCUUCCAUUCAGCUUUGGCAUAGCUGUCACUAUUACAUGAAAUGACUAUAAGCUAUUUAUCCCAGCUAGGUGUACUUAAGAUCAAGUAGCAUGUGUCUAACUCCCUAUUGCUGUGGACUUUGGCAUUAUCACCAGAUGGGGCCUUUAAACUUGGCCCGCCAUAGUUUGGGUUGAAGACAAAAACACUAAUCCCUUUAAGGGAGUGAUUACUUUUGUCCAAUUGAAAGCAAAGGAUUAAAAACAAGUUCUUUUGUGGACACUUCUUUAGUUAUGGACUCUGGAGCUAUAAGAAGUUUUUUUUUCUGAGACUGCUUGAAUUUCAGACACUUUUGAAUUUUCACUUUGUUUUCACAGAUGUUCUCAUGAUUUCAUUGUAGUCUUUUAAUUGAGAUAAGGGAAGAAACACAACCUAUAUUAGGCUUGGCUAUUGGAAUUGGUGUUUUUCUGACAUGCAGGAGUAGGGAAAAAGAGGUCUAUUUGUCCCAGCCAGCAAAUGAGACUUCAUACUGUGGAGCUUGAGGCAGUCCAGCUUCUUAUAAGGAAAAAUUGCUUCUCAUGUGUCUCCCCAAAACCAAAAGGUUCCUUAAUCCUUGCUCACUUCUUACUUUGGAUAUUAUAUAAAGGAAAUAAGUUCACACUCCUACCACAAGAUACCAAAGGAAUCUCAGCCUCAGUUCCCGGCACUCUGAAGAACUUUCAUUUUCCCACGAAUCAAGUCUUGAUCAUCACCAAAGGACCACUGUUAUUGACAGUAAAGACUGUGGUGUGCCCUUGUUCUGUUAACCUACAAGAUUCUGAUUUGUGUUGCAGUUUCAGUCCUUUGACUGAAUAGCACCCCCUUUUCUGCAUCUAUGAAUUUUCAUGCUGGACUAGAUUAGACAUACUGGCUAUGAAGGAUUUGCUGUCAAGAAGACAUGGCAACCAUCUAAUCUUCCCAGGCCCAACAUCUCAUGAAUUCCCCUAAGGGAAGUUGCUUUUAAAUUUCUAUAUUGGAAAUGACAUAGACAGUUUGUGUUACCUGAAUGUAUUGACCUAAAUUACAAUUUUUGCAUCUUCUACCCCUCCCUCAGCCAUCUUUCUGCCUUGUUAAGAGAAGUCAAUGGAGCUCUUUGCAUUCCUGAGAAAUGGCAGUUUAAGCUUGGAGUAGAUGCUGAUCACCCACUGAAUCAAGUUGAUUUUGUAGGCUAACUGAUCCUUGGAAAGUUCAUAUAUUCAUCCAGGUUCUUUGUUGUUAUUCUCAGAUUAAGGAUGGUUUCAUAACCUUUCCUGAAAACAGUAAACCUGUUAGGUGUUUUGCAAGUACCACAGGAGUUUCCAUGAUGCCAAAAACACACCACAAGGAACCUGGGCCAGCUCUCCAGGCUGAUAUUGACUAUAUCUUAAAGAAGCUCAUCUUCUAUGGAGCACGAAAAUGGAAACAAGGUUCAUUCCAUCCCAGCACAGCAUUCUAAGAGAGAGGUUACCAGAUUUUAAAGAUUUAGCCUCUUAUCAAAACUACUGUGGAAGGGUGUGGCUGAAAUUUGCCUGGAUAUUUGGCAGGAAGAAAACACCAAAUGCCUUUACAAUGAAAAAAAAAAUAAAAACACCUCUUGAUUUCAUUCAGGGCAGCUUGAGCUCCUAUCUGAAUGUGGACUGUGCCAGCCACACAGAUAGUGGCUAUCACCAGCCUCUAUAUCCUGCUGGAGAACACCCAUCAGCAAAUCUGGGGAGUGGAAAUGGAAGUUUUCAGCCUUUGGCCAAGAGAUGAGAGCUACCCUCAGAAUUAAAAGGGUAGAAAAAUGCACUGCCUCUGUGAAGAGCUGUUAUAACUUUAUUACACUGUGCUGGGCUUUAGAAGUUUAUACAUCAGAGUAGGACUUGGGCCUAAGCAGAAAUUCAAGGUUCAGAAAUUGUCACUGCCUCAAAGUUCCUUCACUGCCCUGGCUAGCUCAGGGACAGGAUGCUUAUCACCAGAAUUGAAGUAGUUAGGACACAUGGCUAUGGAAAUAUUCCCCUUUGAAUCUCUAGAGUGCAGAAGUAUAUGACUAAAUGCAGUUGCACCUUUGAGGAGAAAUAACUGGCUAGGAACAUAUGGUGCUAAUAGCACAGAAUGGCAAUGGGGGAAUUAACCUAAUUCUAGACCAGUGUUAGUGUUUCAAAGCUCUGGUCCAGAGAAUUCCCACAUAAGACCAGUCCUUCAGGGACCAGUGAAUGUUGAUAGAGAAGUCCACCUAGCAAGCCUACCCCAGGGCCAGAAUAACAGCUUCUUGGUGCUUUAGAGUCUCCAAGGAAGCCCUUCCUGCUCAACUAGCUUUAGCUUGGAUACCAGGACACAAGUUUCCCCGAUAAAGGCUUCAGUAAGCAUUCUCUCCCUCAAGGAGGAAAGUAGCUUUCUACCUGCAGAAGGUUAAGUAUAUGUCCUCAUUCUACUGCCAGUGGCUUUCCCAUCUGCUACAUUCCCACCUGCCCUUGGCCUCCAGGCCCAGUUGUUAGAGUGAGGCAUGAGGAGUUUAGCAGGGAGAUUUCAAGGUUAUCCUUGUGUCGUAUCCAAGUUGAAAGUCAAUUAUCUAUUUUUGUAUUGUUUGCAUUUUAUAUUCAAGGAAAGCAAUGUUUACCAAUUAUUCUUUUCUGAUAUAUUUUAUUUUUAAGUGGUGCUGUUUAUAGUUUUAAACAAAACAAAAGAUGACUAAAAAAAUCACUGCGUGUGUGCAGAGGGUUGGCAUCUCAACUGCCUAGGUUCCACCCCCUUUUCCCACUCCUGCUAUAAUGCACUGUUUGUUCCCUCCCAAAUAUGAUAGGAAUAACAGAUGUCCAAGCACUAAAGACAAAUGCUAGGUACCUAGGGUAUGCAGAAUCAGGUAGACGGUGUGUUGAUUUAUGACUUUGUUUUUCCUUUGUAUCCUAUUUGUGUACACCUUCUGAGAGUACUCAUCUCUCCUUUUUCUUUGUAUUUCUUAUUUCCAUUUUGUUUCCUUGUUGUAUUAUUUGUCAUAAUGAGCUUUUCCAAAGGACCAUGUUGGAAAAAUUCUCUACCCAGGAAGGAGGGCACAGGUUUUAAGCCACACCUCUUUCGUCAAGAUGCUGGGAAGGACAAAUGGCAAUGAUUCUCCCACCAUCAAGAAUUAAUUAUCUCAUUAAGGAAAUCCUUGGAUGAGACCUUCCUGGAGCUGAGACUGCAGAUUGUGACACUUGCCCAGAAGACAGAUUGAGGAACUCAUUGACUCCUCUUGCUGUGUUGGGGGAUGCUUUUCCUACCACUGUACCCCCUUCCCCUCCCUGCUUCAGCUCAUAUGUGGAUGAUACUUUGGGAAACAGUGACAUUCAAGGUAAUGGCUUAUUGGCCUAAUCCUUUAUUUUUCCAUACUAUAAUCACUCAAAAGAAGAAAGUUCAUAUUGAUGUAUAUGUGUGAGUGUCGAACCUAUUAAUGGACUGGGCUGUGAUUAUUAUUCUUGUUGCUAUUGGUGCUUAUUACCACUACUGGCAUAUAUGAGUGGGGUGGGAGAAGAAAGGAGGAGUUUAUAUUUAGGUCAUGUUAAAUAAAAUCUUUGGUGAACAAAGGAGGUAAUUAAGAACUACAGUACAUCCUCACCCUAGAUGGAAAGAGUUCUCUCCCAGUGUAGAAAGGGUAGCAUGGUCCCUUGCUGUGCUUGACCUUUCCCUGAGGCAUCACAGAAUAACCUGGGUUUUGACGUCUCUACUCAUAGUUCUUAAUGACAUCUGGAUAUCUUGAUGUGCUGCCUAUAUGUUACAACAUAUAUUUCUUUUGCUGAAUACUAAUAAAUUUGGGUUCAGGAGGGACCUCCACCCCACACAUCACUAAAGUGCAUUCUUCUCACUUACUGCACAGCAACAUGCCUGGGAUCAAUGGUUGGUAGGUUUACUUGAAGGAAAAUGGAGAA